AUGGCCCUGUGGGAGGGUGGCAGGCCGGGGUGUCCUCAGGUCCCAGCGCAGCCCCUCCUGACCACUGUGGGGUCUCUUUUCUGUCUGUCCCCAGCCUCCGGCCGCUCCCACCCAGCCAGCCCCAGUCCGCCGGGGCCACAGGCCAGCCCGGUGCUGCCGAUCAGCUACCGGCUGUCGCACACACGGCUGGCCUUCUUCCUGCGGGAGGCUCGGCCUGCGCCGCCUGCGGCCGCCAACAGCUCGCUGCAGCGCUCCGAGCCCUUCGUGGUGUUCCAGACCAAGGAGCUGCCGGUCCUCAACAUCUCCCUGGGGCCCUUCAGCACCAGCCAGGUGGUGGCCCGGGAGCUCCUGCAGCCGUCCAGCACCCUGGACAUCCCUGAGCGCCUGACGGUCAACUGGAAGGUGCGAGCCUUCAUCGUCCGCGCCCGGGUGCCCGCCUCCCAGCCGCUGGCCCAGGUGCUGUUCUACGUAGCCGGCCGGGACUGGGACGACUUCGGCGUCACCGAGCGGCUGCCCUGUGUCCGCCUGCAUGCCUUCCGAGAUGCCCGGGAGGUCAAGAGCUCCUGCCGCCUCAGCGGGGGCCUGGCCACCUGUCUUGUGCGGGCCGAGCUGCCCCUGGCCUGGUUCGGGCCCCCGGCCCCGGCGGCGCCGCCCACCGGCCGGCGCAAGUCUCCAGACGGGCUGGAGCCCGAGCUGGCGGGGGAGAGCCAGCAGGCGGAGCUCUACUACACCCUCCAUGCCCCAGACGCGUCCGGGGGCUGCGGGGCCUCGCGGCGCGGAGCCGGGGCCGCAGCGGGGACGCGGGCCGAGAGCCCUACCCAGCACCCCCUGCUGCGCAUAGGCAGCAUCAGCCUGUUCCGCCCACCGCCCCGGAGGCCGCUGCAGGAGCACAGGCUGGACAGCAACCUGAUGAUCCGCCUGCCGGACCGGCCGCUCAAGCCGGGGGAGGUGCUCAGCAUCUUCCUCUACCUGGCCCCCAACUCCUCCUCUCCGGCCGGCCCCAGCGUGGAGCAUUUCACACUCAGGGUGAAGGCCAAGAAGGGCGUGACCCUUCUAGGCACCAAGUCACGGAGUGGCCAGUGGCACGUGACCUCGGAGCUGCUGACCGGGGCGAAGCACUCAACAGCCACCGUGGACGUGGCCUGGGCCCAGGGCACACCCCUGCCCCCGUGGGACGGCCAGGGGCCCCUGGAGAUCCUGCAGCUGGACUUCGAGAUGGAGAACUUCACCAGCCAGUCGGUCAAGCGCAGGAUCAUGUGGCACAUCGACUACCGGGGCCACGGCGCGCUGCCGGAGCUGGAGCGGGCGGUCACCGAGCUGACGGUCAUCCAGCGGGACGUGCAGGCCAUCCUGCCCCUGGCCAUGGACACUGAGAUCAUCAACACGGCCAUCCUCACUGGCCGGACAGUGGCCAUCCCCGUCAAGGUCAUUGCCAUCGAAGUGACGGGCCUCGUCCUAGAUGUGUCCGCCCUGGUGGAAUGCGAGUCUGACAAUGAGGACAUCAUCAAGGUCUCCAGCAGCUGUGACUACGUGUUUGUGAGCGGAAAGGAGUCUCGCGGGUCCAUGAAUGCCAGGGUCACCUUCCGCUACGACGUCCUCAGUGCCCCCCUGGAAAUGACGGUCUGGGUCCCCAAGCUGCCUCUGCACAUCGAGCUCUCGGACGCCCGCCUCAGCCAAGUGAAGGGCUGGAGGGUACCUAUCCUCCCUGACCGGAGGUCAGCCCGGGAGAGCGAGGACGAGGAGGAGGAGGAGGAGGAGCGGCGGCAGAGCCCCAGCCGGGGCUGCGCCCUGCAGUACCAGCACGCCACGCUGCAGGUCUUCACCCAGUUCCACACGACGUCGUCCGAGGGCACCGACCAGGUGGUCACCAUGCUGGGCCCGGACUGGCUGGUGGAGGUCACCGACCUGGUCAGCGACUUCAUGCGGGUGGGUGACCCCCGAGUGGCACGCAUGGUGGACAGCAGCACGCUGGCCGGCCUGGAGCCGGGCACCACCCCCUUCAAGGUGGUGUCCCCACUGACAGAGUCUGUGCUCGGGGAGACGCUGCUGACGGUGACAGAGGAGAAGGUCAGCAUCACGCAGCUGCAGGCCCAGGUGGUGGCCAGCCUGGCCCUCUCCCUACGGCCCAGCCCCGGGAGCAGCCACACCAUCCUGGCCACCACGGCCGCCCAGCAGACCCUCAGCUUCCUCAAGCAGGAAGCCCUCCUGAGCCUCUGGCUCUCCUACAGUGACGGCACCACCGCCCCACUCUCCCUCUACAGCCCCCGGGACUACGGGCUGCUAGUGAGCAGUCUGGACGAGCGGGUAGCUACAGUGACCCAGGACCGGACCUUCCCGCUGGUGGUGGCGGAGGCCGAGGGGGCGGGGGAGCUGCUCCGAGCGGAGCUCAGCAUCGCCGAGAGCUGCCAGAAAACCAAGCGCAAGAGCAUUCUCGCUACGACCCCCGUGGGCCUGCGCGUGCACUUUGGGCGGGAGGAGGAGGACCCCACCUACGACUACCCCGGCCCCAGCCAGCCGGGGCCCGGUGGGGGUGAGGACGAGGCCCGGGGAGCAGGCCCGCCAGGCACCAGGGUGUCCCCCGCGGAGGCCGCGGGGCUGGUCACCACCAGCCCAGCUGCUCCGCCCACAGACGACUUCCUGCCACUGCCCACGGUCUUCCAGCAGAUGCCGCGGGGGCUGACGGACCUGGAGAUCGGCAUGUACGCGCUGCUGGGCGUCUUCUGCCUCGCCAUCCUCGUCUUCCUCAUCAACUGCAUCGUCUUCGUGCUGCGCUACCGGCACAAGCGCAUCCCUCCCGAGGGCCAGACCAGCAUGGACCACUCGCACCACUGGGUGUUCCUGGGCAACGGGCAGCCGCUGCGGGUGCAGGGGGAGCUGUCGCCGCCCGCGGGCAACCCACUGGAGACCGUGCCCGCCUGCUGCCACGGCGACCACCACAGCAGCGGCAGCUCGCAGACCAGCGUCCAGAGCCAGGUACACGGGCGCGGCGACGGCUCCUCUGGCGGCUCCUCCCGGGACCAGGCCGAGGACCCCGCCAGCUCACCCACCUCCAAGCGCAAGCGGGUCAAGUUCACCACCUUCACCACGCUGCCCACGGAGGAGCUGGCCUACGACUCGGUGCCCGCUGGCGAAGAGGACGAGGACGAAGAGGACCUGGGGUGGAGCUGCCCGGAUGUGGCGGGCACCCCGAGGCCCGCUGCGCCCCCGAACCUGCACAAUUACAUGCGCAGAAACAAAGAGACGGCAUAGAGGCUCCGUGGCCCCACGGGGUGGGGGCUGUGGGGGCCAUAGCCGGGACCCCUGCUCACGCUGCGGCGGGCGGCUGACGUGGAUGCUGCCGGCCCUGCCCCUGCAGCUCUGGGCUUCGCAGGGCCGCCACCUCCCUCCGCUGGUCCCUCCCGCUGCCUCCUGCUGACACCCUCGUCCGCUGCCGCCACUGCAGGAGGGGGGUGCCUUCCCGGGAGCCGGCAGGAGGAAGCCAUCCCGGCCGUCCUUCCACACUCUCCAAACCUCCUCCUGUCCUAGACGAACCUGUCCCGAGAGUGAGGCUCAGAGGCCAAGCUGGGGCCCAGGUGGGCCCGCCCUGUGCGCCGCCACGGCCUCCCGUGCCCCCUGUGUUCCCUCCGUGCUGGGGGCUCCGUGGGGUCUUGUGUCACAAACUGCACAAAGACUUUUCUCAACCACUAUUCAGGGAUUUCCGUCCUGCAGGGCGGGGAGGCCACGGCUGCCUGCCCUGCCGAGGAUCUUGCUGUGGACAAAACGUUUGCAAGGUGGGGGAACACUUGUAGCAUCUUUUGCCUUUCUGGGACCCCCGAGUCCCUCCCUGGGACCUGGGAGCUGACCGCAGAGGGACCUGUGGCCACGCCAGGCACCUUUCUCAGAGCCCAGGGCUCCCUCCUCUGGCCCCAAGGGCUAUAGAAGGGGCCUGAGGUGGGAGGAGCCUGUGGGCCACCCCUCACCGAGCCACCGCCCAAUGCACCAUGGUCUGGGGGUGCCCAGUGAGGCCUGCAUGCCUCCCGCCCACCCCACAGCAAGGCCAGCACCGCGCCUUAGCCCCUCCAGCCCUGCUGGCCACUCUCGCCUUCUCUGCAGGGGUGGCCCCCGGCCCCCCAGGUGGUGGGAUCCAGUAGGAAGGGGAGAGAGGGCACCAGGGCAUGCUGUGAAGGACCUCGGGGUGGGCAAGGCAAGGGGGGCUAGGGGGUCUCCCUACCCCGCCCCACAGCCACCGUUCUCUCGGGUUCUGCCCACCACUGUGUCCGGUUUUUCUUAAAUAAACGCAGGCGACCAGAGUGGAGGCGGGGGCAGCAGCUCCCGGAGAACAGAUGGUA